UUACAGGAGAUGGGCUUUUGAGGCCCAAUAAGAAAAACUGGUUUCAUAUUUUAAAAUGUCCAAAACAUUUAGGGUUUUACAUCAGACAUAUAAAAGGAUAUUAGGGCUUCUCUAUUCCACUUCUCUAGCAGUGAGCUUCAGCCGCAGGACUUAUCGCAUCUUCAGGAGGAAGAAAAUGUCUCACAGGAAGUUUGAGCACCCAAGGCACGGGUCACUUGGUUUCCUUCCUAGGAAGAGAGCUAACCGUCACAGAGGAAAAGUGAAGGCCUUCCCAAAGGAUGACCAAACCAAGCCUUGCAAGUUCACAGCCUUCAUGGGAUACAAGGCUGGUAUGACCCACAUUGUUAGAGAUGUCGAGAAGCCCGGAUCCAAGCUUCACAAGAAGGAGACCUGUGAGGCUGUUACCAUCAUCGAGACCCCCGCUAUGGUGGUCGUCGGUGUCGUUGCCUACGUCAAGACUCCCCGAGGCCUAAGAUCCUUGAACACCGUCUGGGCACAGCACUUGAGCGAGGAGGUCAGGAGAAGGUUCUACAAGAACUGGGCCAAGUCCAAGAAGAAGGCCUUCACCGGGUACGCCAAGCAGUACGAGACCGAGGAAGGCAAGAAGAGCAUCCAGUCCCAGCUCGAGAAGAUGAAGAAGUACGGAACCGUCAUCCGCGUUCUGGCCCACACUCAGAUCAGGAAGAUGAAGGGGUUGAAGCAGAAGAAGGCUCACAUGAUGGAGAUCCAGAUCAACGGUGGCACCAUCGCCCAGAAGGUCGACUUUGCCUACAGCUUCUUCGAGAAGCAGAUUCCCAUCGACGCUGUUUUCCAGAAGGAUGAGAUGAUUGAUGUGAUUGGUGUGACCAAGGGUAAGGGGUACGAAGGUGUUGUUACCCGUUGGGGUGUGACUAGGCUUCCACGUAAGACUCACAGGGGUCUGCGUAAGGUUGCUUGUAUUGGUGCGUGGCAUCCGGCUAGAGUGUCCUACACUGUUGCCAGAGCCGGUCAGAACGGUUACCAUCACCGUACCGAGCUGAACAAGAAGAUUUACAGGUUGGGCAAGGUUGGUCAGGAGACGCACACUGCCAUGACUGAAUACGACAGGACUGAGAAGGAUGUGACUCCAAUGGGUGGAUUCGCGCACUAUGGUGUGGUGAAGGAUGACUACUUGAUGAUUAAGGGAUGCUGCAUGGGUCCAAAGAAGAGGGUUGUGACUCUUAGACAGUCGUUGCUCACUCAGACUUCCCGUCUUGCCAUGGAGCAGAUCAACCUCAAGUUUAUCGACACUUCCUCUAAGAUGGGACAUGGCAAGUUCCAGACUACCCAGGAGAAGAACAAGUUUUACGGUCGUGCCUCUGCCAAGGCUUAAACAAUUUGUCUUUCUUUUUUCUCUUUCCAGUUUGUAUUCGCUCUUUCUUCAGAAAAGUCUUGAAAAGUACUCUUUUGAACAAUUCGUUGCAAUUUUGUGUUUUAGUUAUUUUGAGAGUUUGAAA